ACCGGCAGGGAAGUGGCGCGUGCGCAGGUCCAGGUUAACAUCAGGCAAGAUGGCUGCUCGCUGUUCCUCGCGCUGGUUCUUGGUCGCUGUGUCCGGGGCUCGGGGCCACUUGCUCCCUGGUGUUAAACGAUGGCAACGUGCUGAGGGGGCUCUGCUAGUGGCCCUGCGCGGGGUAGGACGAGGGCCUGCGCUGGGCGUAUCCCAGUUUCACACCAGUUCAUCAUCUUACAACAAAACAGAUUUUUACCAAGUUCUCGGAGUCCCAAGGAACGCCAGCCAGAAGGACAUUAAAAAGGCCUAUUACCAGCUGGCCAAGAAAUAUCAUCCGGAUACCAACAAAGAUGACCCUCAAGCCAAAGAGAAAUUCUCCCAGUUAGCAGAAGCAUAUGAGGUCCUGAGUGAUGAGGUGAAACGCAAGCAGUAUGAUACGUACGGCACGGCAGAUUUUGGUGCCGGGGGAGGUGGCGGAGGUGGACAGCAGUACUGGAGAGGGGGACCCAGCAUCGAUCCAGAAGAACUCUUUCGCAGGAUCUUUGGGGAGUUUUCUGGCGGAUCACCUUUCGGCGACUUCAACUCUGUGUUUGAGCAGCCUCAGGAGUAUAUCAUGGAUUUGACUUUCAUUCAAGCAGCCAAGGGAGUGAAUAAGGAGAUUUCUGUAAAUAUCACAGAUACCUGUCAAAGGUGUGACGGUAAAGGCAAUGAACCAGGCACCAAACUGCAGCAUUGCAACUACUGCAACGGCACUGGCAUGGAGACCAUUAACACCGGCCCGUUUGUUAUGCGUUCAACUUGCCGUCGCUGUGGUGGGAGAGGAUCCUUGAUGACCAAUCCUUGCCUUUCUUGCCGAGGAACUGGUCAAACCAAGCAGAAGAGAACCGUUACCGUGCCCGUUCCUGCAGGUGUGGAAGACGGGCAGACAGUGCGGAUGCCAGUGGGGAAGAAGGAAAUAUUCAUAACAUUUCGGGUGCAGAAAAGCCCCAUAUUUAGAAGGGAAGGGCCCGAUAUCCACUCAGACCUGUUUAUAUCCAUCGCGCAAGCUGUGUUGGGAGGCACAGCCCGUGCGCAAGGACUUUACGAACCAAUUAAUAUUUCUAUUCCAGCCGGCAGCCAGCCGGAGCAGAGGAUUCGAAUCAGCGGCAAAGGCAUCCCGCGAAUGAACAGCUACGGGUUUGGAGAUCACUAUAUCCACAUCAAGAUCAAGGUGCCCAGGCAUUUAACUGACAGACAGCGUGCGUUGAUGCAGAGCUUUGCAGAGGAUGAGACGGAGGUAGAAGGCACAGUGAAUGGAAUAACAAACACAGCGAAAGGCAGCGCCCAGCACACAUCUGCAGCCGGGGAAGAGAACCCUGAUACUGAACAGGCAGGGCAGAACAAGGAGGGAUUCCUAAGCAGACUAAAGAAAAUGUUUAGUUCCUGAACCCGGGUGAGGAAAGAGAUCAUCCAGCAACUAGGUUAGAGGAUACACAGAGCAGAUAUUUUGGACUCUUUCUUUGAGACAAUGCUCAUCUCCAGUCUGAAGCCAUGUAGCCAAACUAGAACUUGCCUUGAUGGACCCCAGCAAACUAAAUAACUAAAUACGCCACCACAUCUUCACGUCCAACAGAUCCAGUUGCAACUACACAUGAAGGAAACGCCUGUUCUAACUGCAAUGUGAAUGGAGACAAAUCAGACACUUGUAAUUUUUUUCAAUUGUCUCUUUUUAUCAAGCUUAAAAAAGAAAAGAAAAAACAACGGUCUCAGUCUUCACUUAUUUCCAAAAAGUGUUAAUGAGGAGCAGCCAAGAACGGUGCAACAGAGAACAAAGCAAUUUUAUCGUAAUACUCAAAUUACUGCUUUUGCAUUCAGGCAAAUAAAUAUCUGCAUAAUUGUU